ACGAUUAGCAAUGUGAUAACUCUGGUAACACUGCUGUACCAGCCGGUAUAUUGAUAUUAGAAAUGUCUCUGUACGGUGGGAUCGAUGUGGAAAUAGCCAAAUCCGAGACAAAUCUCGGGAAGGCUAAUUUCAACUUCAUGAACGCGCAACUGAUGAGAAAAGCUCUCCCCAAACUUACGAAAUCCUCUGCUUCCGCAGCUGCCAUCAAAGAGGUCGUCAAGGAGACGUCCAGUGCUACGACAAUCCAUCCGGACGAGAUAUUUGUAGAGACGGACGCCUCCAAGAAGGAAAUAGCACAGGAGUACGACCCUGUCAAACCUAAUGACUACAGCGUGGUUAAUGCCCUCAUUCAGAAGAGGAAAAGAGAGAAGAAAUAUGAAGAGGAGAACAAGAGAGCCAAGCCACUCGUUUCUGCGUACGAUGACACUGAUAAACUGGGUAUAGAGGAUGACAUGGACUUCUACGAGGAUCCUAAUGUGAAGAAGAAAGAAGCCCGGGCACCGGGAGGUGGAUUUAGUGGAGAUAAAGACAACGAUUAUGAUGGACCCAGCACUACAGCUAAAGUGGACUGGUUAGUGGUUUAUCAGUUUAUGUACAUGUGUUACGGAGCAUGGAUUGAUCCCAAGAAGUUGUUGCAAGAGACGCAUAACGAAAAUGCUGGAGUCACGGUAAACCGUGUGAUGAGUAUGAAGAAUGUUAGCUCUAUAGCCAGUAAUAUAAUGAGCAAAUAUGGGUGGAAGGAGGGUCAAGGUUUGGGUAAGGAGGAGCAGGGUAUGGCCUCGGCUCUCCAAGUGGAGAAGACAGGUAGACAAAGGGGUGUUAUUGUGAAUGAGUCUGAGGAGCGAGCCAAGGCUAGGAUUGAAGUUUCUAAACAGGAAGAAGAGCGGAAAGCAAAGGCUGCAGAAGUAAAGAAGUCCUUGAAGCAACCCAGCAAAGUUAUUUUGCUGAAAAAUAUGGUGGGACCUGGGGAAGUUGAUGAUGAUUUGGAGGGGGAAACUCGUGAGGAAUGUUCAAAAUACGGAGAAGUUAUCCAGGUAGUGAUAUACGAGAUUCCUAGUGGGGUGGCUGUUGAAGAGGCUGUCAGGAUAUUUGUUCAGUUUAACCGAGUUGAGUCAGCUGUUAAAGCUGUCGUUGAUCUACAUAACAGAUUCUUUGGUGGUCGAACAGUGAAAUGUACGUUCUACCCAGUGGAAAAGUUCGAGGCUUUAGACCUGGCACCUCAAGCCGAUGAAUUGUGAUAGUUUUACCAUUUCGAACGCUACCAGCGAACUUUCUCAGAGCAUUCCCUAAACCUGGCGCAGCAGAAAUUUCCAGAGUUUUGACUCCAGAUCCCAUAUAAUAUAUAUAAUAUAUUACUUAUAAGUCAUGACUGUUCAUACUUCAUAUUAUCUACCUCUCUGCUUUUGCGACGAUAUGAUGAAAUUUUCUGUUAUUAUCAGCUGACCAGUCGAACUCGAUUUAAUGGCUGUGCGUUGGUUAUGACGUGGUUAUGACGUCAUGACGUUGGUUAUGGCGUUCAAUGCUUUAAGGACCACUUUUUAAUUUUUGGAUAAUUUAUUUAUUUAUACUGCUUUAUUUAAUUGUUGAAACUAUUAUAUACGUACUUAGAGAUUUCAUGAAUCAUGUCAUAUUCCAGAUUUAUCUAAUUAUGUCGACUAAAACGUUCAAAUAAAAUCCU